GGAGGGUCAAGCUGACGUCAUCAAUGACGGAAAAAACAAAAUGAUUUUUGUCGCACGCGAGGAUCGAACGUGCAUGAAAUGUGUCAUUAGCUUUCUCCGCUGCGCGAUCGGACUGAAAGGAACGACGGAUCUGAACAAAGAGUUUGGAGGUUUUUUCCAUCUUGCGGGAAUUUAACGGGCUGUAAACCAUUUGCCCAAACCUUUGUCGAGUUGCUCUCUACGGACCUCCCUGUGUGAACGCUGGCUCUUUACCAGUACGCCAGGGACCUGCGACCGAUUGUCGCACUUUAGUAGGAAACAUGCGGAAACGCGAGGCCCUUUUUUCGGUCGUAAAGCAUGCACGCUUCACUGUCACUGCUGCCGUGGCAAUGACCAUUCUCUACACUCGAUCCCCACAAGUCCUAUGGACCGCUGCAGGUGGAGUCGCGUGUAGCUUUGUAGCCAAACUCUUGAAAACCAUUAUCCGUCAACCCCGUCCUUCGAUUGUUUUAGAAAAGAAAGUCUCGUCACCCUCCACAACUUCCCCCCCUCACAUUAUUACCCGCAUCUUCUCCUCCCAUACCCACGGCAUGCCCUCUUCCCAUACCCAAGUCACAGCCUACUUUGCAACCUACUUUACCCUUUAUUACCUGGUCCUCUCUCCCCACAAUCCGCAUCCGCCAACAAAACCAUCAACAGCAGCAUCAGGAAUAUUGAUCGGAUUAAACGUGUUUGGAUUAAUUGUAGCGUGGUCGAGGGUGUAUCUGGGGAAACAUACCGUUGCCCAAGUAGGCGUGGGAUGGGUUGUGGGAACGGUAUUUGCUGCGGGAUGGUAUUGGGCUUGGAGGUGGGGGGGUGCGGCAGAAUUGGUAGAAGGGUGGUGUAGAAUGGUUGGGUUUGUACAAUGACUAGAACUCUUUUUACAAAUAGAGUCACUAUUAUAGAACCUUGUUAUAUCAAUGGUUGUUUUCUUGCCACAUUUGCAUA